UUUUUGGAGCGAGGCGGGGGCGAGCUAGAGGAGCGAGACGAGGAAGUCGAGAGGACGCGUCGUGGAGGGAAGUUUUGAAAAAAAUUUCGUCCCCUUCUUCCCUUCCAUUUUUUUCCCCUUUCCCCCACCCGUUGGGCGCCAUGAUCCCCUCCCCCUCCCCCGCUCGCCGCUGAAAUUUUCGCCACAUUAAUCACCUUCCUUCGCGAGGCCACCACCGCGCAAAUCCCCAUCCUCGCUAGCUUCGCCUUCGCCCUCCCCAGCGAGCGAGCGCCCACUUCACAUCCUCCUCCUCCUCGCCCCCUCCGAUUCGACCAUGGAGGCUGACGGGAACGGCGGCGGCGGCGUCGUGGUGGUGGUGCCGCGGGAGGGUGCGGCGGCGGUGAAGCAGGGGGCGGCGGCGGGGAAGGGGAAGUCCGGCGAAUCCAAGGGGGUGCGCGUCGUCGGCGGGCGGAUCUAUGAUCCGGAGAACGGCAAGACCUGCCAUCAGUGCCGCCAGAAGACGAUGGACUUCUCGGCGUCGUGCCACAAGGUCAAGAAGAACAACAAGCCGUGCACGAUCCUGUACUGCCGCAAGUGCCUGAAGAACAGGUACGGCCAGCAAGUCGAGGAGGUGGCCAAGGACGACGCCUGGACUUGCCCCAAGUGCAGGGACAUCUGCAAUUGCAGCUUCUGCAUGAAGAAGAAGGGGCUGGAGCCCACGGGAAUACUCGCCCAUGCUGCUAAGGCUUCAGGUUGUGACUCGGUUCAUGACUUACUGAGUAAGGGGAAAGAUGCGGUGGCUGCCGCGCAGAAGAGCGCCCAGCAGAAAGUGAGAUCUGCGCCGCUGAAGAAGAACCCAAAGAGGGCUCCAGAGUCAGAUGCUGCUACUGAUGAACCUUUGGCUGAAGGGGAUGAGAAUAUAUGCAUUGAUUUCAAUGCCUUCGCUUCUGCACCAGUGAAGAAGCAGAAGAGAAGCAGGAAGGUCGAUGGUGUUGUAACUUUGAUGAAGGACGAAAGCCCUGAUGUUCCCCAGAAUAAAGUUGUUUUGCCCAGGGGCACUCCAGUCACUAGUGUUGCCGGUGCAGAGUGGGAAUCUGAAGAUGUUGGUCCUGCGCUUCAGUUCUUUGAAUUCUGCCGCACAUUUGCUGAGAUUUUUCAAGUAAGGAAGGGUCAACCAGAAAGAAUCCUCCGGGACAUAGCUGGAGGUCGUGGACUUCGAGUGGUGUCCUCGGUCGUUUCUGACUUCCACAUAACUCUGUUAUCUAUCAUCCAAGAAGACCGAGGAAUGAAGCCUAUAACAUAUUCAAGAGAUAACGACACAUGGAUUGUCGAUGUUGGAAAAUGUAUAAAUGAGUCAAUCAUUGCCCCAAAGGAACUCCCUCUUGACUCCUUAGAUCAGGGGGUAUCGGGAUAUAAAAACCUGAGCCCUUCUUGUAAGCUCCGUGUUCUGAACUUUUUGUGUGAUGAAAGUCUCUCUACUGAAAAGUUGAGGAAUUGCAUAUUAUCUGAAAGCAAAAACCCUUCCAAAGAAAAAGCUCCGUCUGCAAAAGAAAAGGAGCCAAAAGAAGAAACAAUAAAGAAGAACACAGAUGAAGUAGCACUUGUGAAAACUGAAGACGGAGCUGUUACUGUUGAGGAAGAUAAGAAUGGCGUUUCUCAACAAAAGGAUGUGAAAGAAGGCAAGCAUGCAGACACAAAUGGUACAAAUGAAAAGAAGCAUGGAGGUUUCCUAAGAACUAAUCCUGUCAUGGUUAACAAAGCGGGAAUCUAUUGGAAGCUGGAUGACUAUUGUAACAACACAACAAUGAUGCUCCAAGAGGUUGAUGCUGACAAUUCAGUGGGGAACAAAGACAUGUGGUUUAUGCUUAAUGAAGAUGAAGAGAAAAUAGUAGAAAACUAUAUAUCCACAAUGCCUAAACGCAGGGGGAGAAAACCUGCAUCAUAGUCUACUGAAUAUACUGUCUAGGUUCCUCACCUAGCUGAAGGUGGGCUAUGCUAGUUGAGAUGAGGCAAUCUCUGUUGAGGCCAGAAGGGUCAUUUUGCUACAGAAAAAUUGUGCAAUUACAGAAGAACCAAGAAUUCUUGGGGGUUCAUAGAUUGAAUCAGAAGCUUAAACAUGUUUUGUCCAGAUGUCAAAACCGGCAGCUUUUGUAACACCUUUUCAGUUUCCUAGAUGAUACUGAUGGAGAAUGUUGCCGAAUGAUCGUGUUGUACCAAAAUGUUGCACUAUAGCAAGAGUUUGCUAUAGUUAGUCACCCUGUAACCUUGUUGUGGUUAAAGUUAAACUGUUGUUUAACAACAUGUGACUGGCGAUAAUGACUAUCCAUUCUUUCAGUUCAGU